GACUAUCCAAGAAACCGAGAGAGAAAACGAGAGGAAGUUGAGAAAAUUCUCAUUCAAACAACACCCUUUUUUCUCAUUCUCUUUCUUUAUACAUUGCUCUCUCUUUAAUCUUCAUCUUCACAAACAAAGAAAUAACAGAAGCACAACUAACAAAACAAAACAAUCCCAGUUUCUUUUAGUAUACUUUGCAUGGGAAAGCUUUGAAUCCUGUGUUCAAUUGAAAAGUUUUAAUCUUUAUCAUUGUGGGGUUGCUAAUAAAUGGUAUUUUUUUAAUGGUUUUUCUUUUUUUUGUAUAAGAAACAAUCCCAUUUUCUGUUUUAGCAUUUUGAUCUGUGUUCUAUACUAAAGCUUAAAACUUUAUUUUUGAGGCGUUGUUUUAAAGUGGUAGAGUUUCUUUGUUUUUUUGAAAAAGAAACAAUUGCAUUUGGUAUAUCUUAAAUGGGGAAGUUUUAAAUUUGCGUUCAAUUGUAGAGAUUGAUUUUUUAUCUUAGUGGGACUGGGGGUCAUUUGAAGGGGUAGAUUUUGUUGUUGUUGUUUUUUAGUUAAAGAAAUGGCAACAGAACGGGUUUUGUCAUUCUCUGUUGCUUCUGUUGUGGAGGAUGUUCUUCACCAACACAAUACAAGAUCGAGGCCCAUUGAUUUGGCUUCAAGGAAAGAUGAAGAGGCUUCCUUAAGAAGAUAUGAAGCAGCUGGGUGGCUGCGAAAGACGGUUGGAGUUGUUGGGUGUAAAGAUUUGCCAGCGCAGCCUUCAGAAGAAGAAUUCAGGCUUGGAUUGAGAAGUGGAAUAAUCCUUUGCACUGCCCUUAACAAUAUUCAGCCUGGAGCUAUAUCUAAGGUGGUAGAGGGUCCUUGUGAUUCUGACAUCAUUCCUGAUGGGGCAGCUCUAUCUGCAUUCCAGUACUUUGAAAAUGUCAGAAACUUCCUUGUAGCUGUGGAAGAAUUCGGGGUUCCAGCAUUUGAAGUCUCUGAUUUUGAAGAGGGUGGGAAAUCUGCAAGGAUAGUUAACUGUGUUCUAGCCCUUAAAUCAUACGAUGAAUGGAAGCAAAGUGGUGCACGAGGGUCAUGGAAAUAUUCAGGAAAUUUCAAACCUUCAAGUUUUACUAGGAAACCAUUUAUGCGGAAAAAUACGGAACCAUUCAAAAAUUCCUUUUUAACGACCUCAUCAACUGGUGAGAAGUCACUAAACGGUGAGCAGGCUUCAAAUGGUGAUCUUGGUCUUGACCUCAAUGAAGCAAGAUCGUCUCACAACUUAAAUAUUCUAGUUCGCUCAGUUCUUUCAAAUAAGAAACAAGAAGAAAUUCCAAUGGUUGUGGAAUCUAUGCUUAAUAAAGUCGUAGAGGAGUUUGAACGGCGCAUGGUGCCCCAAAAUGUCCUGAUGAGAACAAGUUCAAAAGAUAUGGAAGCAUCUUAUCCCAACAUCUCUCUUUCUAGAACUACUUCCACUGAGAUAGAGAUGGAUGGUAAGUUUCCCAUCAAUGAAAAGAAGGAUGAAGAUGGUGCAAAACAAUUAAAAGAGAAGGGUAAUCAUGAUGUGGAAUCAGAAACCCAACUUUUGAAACAACACAUGUUGGUUGAGCAACAACAAAGGAAUAUCCAGGAAUUAAAAGAAACUCUACACAGUGCAAAGUCAGGAAUGCAGGAAUUGCAAAUGAAGUACCAGGAAGAUUUUAGUGCUUUAGGUAAGCAAUUGCAUGGUCUAGCCUUUGCUGUUUCACGAUACCAGAAAGUACUUGAAGAAAACCGCAAGUUAUACAAUCAAGUGCAAGACCUAAAAGGAAAUAUUAGGGUGUAUUGUCGAGUUCGGCCACUCUUAAAUGGACAACCCAACUGUAGAAGUACAGUGGCUCACAUUGAGGAGGGGAAUAUAUCAAUUACCACCCAGUUAAAGUACGGAAAAUUGGGACAAAAAACAUUUAGUUUUAACAAAGUAUUUGGUCCUGCUGCAACCCAAGUGGAGGUUUUUUCAGACACUCAAACUCUGAUUCGGUCUGUUCUUGAUGGUUACAAUGUUUGCAUUUUCGCUUAUGGCCAAACAGGAUCUGGAAAAACUUACACUAUGACUGGACCAAAAGAGCUUACUGAGGAAUGUCUAGGUGUAAAUUACAGGGCAUUAAAUGAUCUAUUUCUCCUUGCAAAUCAGAGAAAAGAUACCAUGAGCUGUGAUAUUUCCAUGCAAAUGCUUGAAAUCUACAAUGAGCAAGUUAGGGAUCUACUUGUGACAGAUGGUCAAAACAAAAGAUUAGAAAUUCGUAACAAUUCUCAAAACAGAAUCAAUGUGCCAGAUGCAAACCUUGUACCUGUAUCAACAACUUCUGAUGUUCUAAAGUUGAUGGACCUUGGGCAAAAGAACCGUUCAGUAGGAGCUACAGCUAUGAACGAUCGAAGUAGUCGAUCUCAUAGCUGUGUGACAGUUCACGUUCAAGGAAGAGACCUGACAUCUGGAACUAUUCUUCGUGGAUCCAUGCAUCUUGUUGAUCUUGCAGGGAGUGAAAGAGUUGACAAGUCGGAGGUCACAGGAGAUAGAUUAAAGGAGACUCAACAUAUCAACAAAUCUCUUUCUGCCCUGGGGGAUGUGAUUGCCUCUCUCGCCCAAAAGAAUUCUCACGUUCCCUACAGAAACAGUAAACUUACUCAGCUGCUACAGGAUUCACUUGGAGGGCAAGCUAAGACACUCAUGUUUGUUCACAUUAGUCCUGAGAUUGAAGCCCUUGCAGAAACAAUUAGUACACUUAAAUUUGCUGAAAGGGUUGCCACUGUUGAACUUGGUGCUGCUCGAGUUAACAAAGAGAGUACAGAAGUGAAAGAGCUUAAGGAACAGAUCGCCAGCCUUAAGGCAGCCUUGGCAAGGAAGGAAGAGGCAGAGCAUCUUCAAUAUACUCGAACUAGCACCCCGGAAAGAUCCAGUGUGAAGUCUAAUGGGUCUUCUCCUUCUAGGUCUAGCUGGAACAGUUUAGGAGACAUCUCCAGCAAUCUUAGGCAAUCGAUGGAGGAUGUUGGCAACAUACAGGUCCAAAACCAAUAUGCAAGGCUGAGAAGGAAAAGCCUAGAUCCCCAAUUGCUUACAAGUUCUCCGCCCUGGACAUCAAGUGGAAUUCCUGUACUAAGUGGAAAGGAUGAUGAAAAGGAAUUUUCUUCUGGUGACUGGGUUGAUAAAGUCAUGGUGAACAGGCUUGAUUUGUUAGUUAGCGAUGAUAACUUGCUACGACAGCAUGAACUUUACAACAGACAGUUGCCAGAAAGUUUUUGUCAGAGUUAUCCUCGGGAUGAAACAAAGAUAUACCCAGAACAACCUGUGAAUAGAUUGACAGCAAACAAAAAGGAUAUUCAAGACUACGUACAAAGGAGUCGGUAUGAGAUUGCCACAACUGAUGAGUCUGAUCCUGAGGCUGCAGCAAGUGAUUGUUCGGAGCCUGACUCGCUUUGGCAAUGCAGUAUUCCAAAAGUUGUUUCAAAUAUUCCCAAAGGACCCAGCACUAAAACAAAGAAAACUCCCACCAAAUCUUUUACAAGGCUUACAGAAACAAGAAGUUUAGUUCCAUCAUUAAUUCCUUCGCCACCAACCCGGAGACUAUCCACUGGGAAUGCUCCAUCCUUGCUCAAGCCUGGAAGACAGCCAUUUCUUGUUGAUGGGAAGCGAAAAAUGGGACAUGCAAAGUGAAUAUACCAUAGUGCAGUGUGCAGAGAAGUGAUUUUUUUUCUUUUCGUUUUUUCCUUUGUGUACCAUUAAGUAGUCAUAGGAAGAGAGGGCGGAAGGGCAGAGAAAGAGAGGUUUUCAUGUAGGCAAUGUUCAAGGUGCCUUUGUUUCUUGGUGGUGAUCUUGAUACGCUUGGUGUCCCGCUUUGUUGAUUUCAAUUUGCUUAUAUGGGUGAUGACUUUGUAAAUUCUCCCUUUUUUUUGUUGCUCCACUUGUUGUUUCUCGUAUUAGAAACAGAAAGAAAUCAUUUACCAAAUGAGAAAAAGAUACUGUUUACAAUUUCCUUGUUUUA